GUUUUUACCUCUCCUAUGAACUUCCCCCGGGAUCUGUGGAACCUGGUAUGGCCUGCCAUAUAAUAUUUCAUAGGGACUGAUGUUGUCCCUUUGCCUUGGCUGUAUGCAGACUCUCAGCAAGGCUAUGGGCAGGGCUUGAACCCAUGUCAUGGAUGUCUCUUGACAAAUCUUGCCCAUCUGGGUUUUGAGGGUCCCGUUCAUGCGUUCAACUUUGCCACUGGCCUGGGGCCUGUAUGGUGUGUGCAGGUCCCAGGUAAGUCCCAAAAUCCUGCUAACUUCCCCAACCACUGUUGCUACAAAAUGUGGUCCCCUAUCUGAUGACAUUCCCAAAGGAACCCCAAAUCUUGGUAUUAUAUGGUUGAGCAAAGCUUUCACUCCUUCUUUUGCUGUGUUGGUGCGACAGGGGAAAGCCUCAGGCCAUCCACUGAAGGUGUCAGCCAGUACCAGUAUAUACCUGCAUCCCUCUUUGUGUGGCAUCUCAGCAAAAUCUAUUUGCCAGUAAUCUCCCGGGAGCUCUCCUGUCUUUGUCACUCCUAACACAACUCUCUUGCUUGUGUCAGGGUUGUUUUUACCGCAGGUUUCACACUUGUUUGUUACAGAUUGUACAAUAUCAGUCAUUCCUCUCCCUAUCACUACUUUCCUUAAAUGUUUUAAAAGAUUUUCUGUUCCCCAGUGGGUACUUUCAUGCUCUCAUUGGGCUAUUUCCCGAAGGAUCGGGGUGGAACUACAACUUGUCCUACUGGGGUAACAGCCCACUCACCUUCUUUGAUUUCAGCCUUAAGGAACUUAAUUAAUUUGUGAUCCCUCUGAUCAUAUUUUGGGGUAAAUGAUGACAAAUCUAUCUCUUUCUGUGGUACCACUGCAAACCCUCAGUGCAGCACAGCUCAGUAAGCCUGGUGCUGGGAUAACCCUGGAACCCUCAGAGGAGGACAAGGCCCACACCAAAAAGAGCCUGUUGGAGUGUUGGCCUGGAUUUGGGAGGAGCCAAGUCGCCUGGAGCAGUGAGGUUUUUCCUGUCAGAAAUCCAUGCUGGGGAUGUUUUCCCUGGCUGUCCCAAGGGGAAGGAACAACUCUGGAGUUUUUGCAGCCACAGGCUGGGGAGGCAUCCCCUGAAAACCGGUUCAGGCUCGUUCAUCUGACUCUGCCCCCGACCUGUGGCUUCCAGGGAGCCUUCUGGUCUUGUGGAUAUUCCCAGGAAAGGAUAUUCCAGCACCUGCUUUUUAAGCCAGGAAUUCCAAGCCCAGAGCUUUCUAGGCCUCAUUUGAGGAUAAUUCCAAGAAUUUGGAAGUCGUUGGAAAAGAGUGAGGAAAGAAGGAUGAGGAAGCCAGGCCUGCUGAGGAGGAAGAUGAGGAAGUGUGUGAGGAUGGAGACAGCGGCCACCAAAGGCUGGGGAAGGCACAGAUCCAGAUGCUGGGAUUGCCUCUGGGCACAUGUGCUGAGCUCUCCCUGCAGGGAACUGUCAGGCCUUAACAGCUGUGAGGUUGUGUUCUUCUCAGUGGGGAACUGGAAAGAAUUAUUAAUUAAUUAAUUAAUUGCAGAAAUGUUUUCUGAACCUUUCCCCUUUCCUGGUAGAUCUUCUCUUUCUGCCUCUGAAUUUACAGCUGUUCCCUGGUGUCAUUGGCCCUGCCUGAAUUCCUUGCAGCUCCUCACUGGGAAAACCUGGGAUAACUUCAAGGGGACAGAGGAGACAUUUUCAGCUGAAAACCUGGGGUGACUGAGAGGGGACACAAGAAUUGUUUGUGUAGGAAAAUGGGAGGGAAUGUCGAGGGGAGCGAGGUGGCAUUUUUGAGGGAAAAGCUUGAGGUGAUGUUUAGGGGAGAGAACAUUUUUGGGGCAGAAAAGAGUUAAUAUUGUACAGGAAGGAAACUUUGGGGGGUGAAACUUGAUGUAACCUGUAGGAGACAGAAUGAAUAUUUUGGUGUAAAAAUGAGGUACUCAGUAGUAGACAAAUAAGGAAAAUUUUGGAGGCAAAACUUGACAAAAUCUCAAGAGUAGAGAAUGAACACUUGGAGGGAAAAAUGAGGUGAUGAGUACUGAGCAUGUGGGGAAAAUUUGGGGGCUAAAUCUGAGCUAAUCUCUAGGGGAGAGCAUGAACACACUGAGGUAACAUGAGGGAAUCAGUUGUGGGCAGAUAGGGAAACUUGUGUAAAAAUAAUAUUAAAUAAGCUGUAGAAAGAACAUUUUGAGGUAAAAAUGAGGUAAGCAGUAGUAGACAGAUGGAAAACUUUGGGGGUAAAUCUUGAUAGAAGCUACAUGGUAGAAAGGAAAUAAAUAUUGAAGGAA